CAAUCCUGUGUGGACACAGACUGCCGUUCCUUUCAGACACCUCUGACCCAACCAGACUGUCUGGGAUUAUUAUGUUUCUGUUCUCAUUUGGGGUGUUUUACUUCCGCUUAUUUUAGGGAAUCCUCUGGGCACCUCUCCGCUUAUGCCGGCCUGGGACAGGCAGUGAUUUCUAUUAUUUUUUGUUCUUCCUCUCCUACACAAGAGCGCCCGUGAGAAGUCGCGCGGAGAACCGCGGAGACGCUCGAGGACACCAUGCGCGCGACGCUUCACUUUCUCACCUUUCUCAGCUCCGCCAUCACGAUGGCACCCUGCAGAGAAGCAGAUAUUCACCUUCCUGCACCUUACAAUACUUCUUUUCAUUGGGUCGAUGGUUUUCUUGUCAAUGUGACCUGGUUUUGGAAGAGGCCCAAGGAGCUGCCAGAGGAUUGUAAAGUCGAAUAUAUGAUACAGCGCAAGGAUAACAAACCUGGUGCUGCAACACAUCUAAAGCAUUACACAGACUACUUCCUGAGUAAAGAUUUGAUAUCCAGCAGUUCAGAGCUCAGCAUUCAUGCAUUCGCUGAAUGCCCAGGUCGGAAGCUUGAAAGCAAGCCUGUAAAAGUAGAGAUCCGUGCACCAAAAGAACAUGCUGAGCUGGUGAAGGACUUCAAAUGUUUUUUCCUGCGCAGCAGUUUUAAUUGUUCCUGGAUUCCAAUUGACCAAUCACCGAGUCCGACUGUGUCUUACAGGGUUCCAGGGCAAGAGGAGGAGCACAUAAAAACAUUAACGAAGUGUAAAGGGUCUUCCAAAGAAAAAGAGAGGAAUGUUUGUGAAGUCAAAGUUAAAGGCAGUCAAGACCCCCUUAUUCUUGUGGAGAGUGAGAAGAGAAUGAACACCUUUAGACCUCAAUAUGCAAUACCGGUGCCAAAUGUCACAGUGCAGGAGAAUGGGCAGAAUCUCCAACUGACAUGGGAGAUUCCAAGUAUUGGAUGUGAUUGGAACUGCUUUAUCUGGUACAAAGAAUGUGGAGAGGAAAUGCAUCACCGUGAGUAUAAGUUCAAUGAAAAGUGGACUGUGGAUGAUAUUCCAUACAACAAAUGCUGUGAAUACGAGUUUCAUUACAAACUGGCUACUGAUAUAUACUGCAGGAACAUAACAAGCGAAAACAGCGUAUUUAAAUAUGGUACUACAAAAACCUGCUUCGAUGCAACCAAGUUGGUGACUAUCAUCAUCCCAAUCAUCGUGUGCUUCUGUGUCGCACUGUCCUUCUACUGCUUCAAGAAACAUGAACAUAUUUUUAGGCCCGGACUGGAGCGGUCUGUAAUAAAGGAUUGGUUUAACAUUAACAGGGAAACUAAGAAUCCAAGUGAUGUGGUGUACACACCAAACACGGAGAUGAUUGAUCCUUCUACGCCACUCGUGAUUGUAAAGAAUGUUCAGCCAAAAUAAUCCCGACCCAUUUCUGAACACAGUGGACUAUGCGCAGAGCAGCUGGACUUUAUUGCUGUGCUGUCAGUCUUUGCAGCCAUAUUGAUGUAUAUGAAAAGGGUUAACGGUGGAGGAUGUUCUGUCAUAUCAGUGCACUGAGUUCGCAGGGAUUUAAACCAUAGCUGAAAAAAGAAACCUUUUCACCUCAAUUAAUGGCUAUUCAGGUGGUACUUUUGUACAUAUUUUUUUACAUAAAUCUAUUAACUUUCAUUUCAAGCACCACAACCUGGGUCCCGCCGGAACUAUACCAUGACCUCCACCCUGUUUUCUACUGAUGACCUUAGAUUGUCAAUUUGUACCAACCUUGAACUGUUUACAUACUAGCAACAAAAACAUGUAGAGUUGGAUUCAUUGCUGUAUAAAAUACACUAAACGCUUAUAGCUUCUGUAAAAAAGGUGAAGGAAGACAAUAUUUCCUUAAGGUUUUUUUUUUUUUUUUUCAUUCCUCACCCUACUCAAGAGUUGCCUCCUGCCCGUCAUUCUUUUACCAAGACUGUGUCUGAGCAAACUGCAGAAAUAAAAAUGAAGGAUGAUGCAUCACCUCUUCGAAAAGUGAACUGGAAAGUUUUAUCUCUUUGGAAGGAAGAAGCGGCUAAAGAGGUUGCCACAGAAAGUUGGUUCCUCUCUGUUGCGUGACUGCAGUUGCUGAUCAAGUGCGCUGCGGACUGCAUGAGACAAUUCAGAUUCUCUGAAGCUGAUUAUGGGGAAGAAAAAAAAAGUCCAGUCAUAGAGUAGGCAUUGUAUGGAGAGUAAGAUAACGUGAGUGGUGUAAAAGAAAAUAAUUGAUCUUCUGUUCUUACAGGAAGCUCUUACUUGCUGCUGUGUCUCAGUUGUUUCAGCCUCUAGACAAGGCUGUGUGCUUGGGUUUAAUGGCUGAAGGUAGCUGAUGGUAUGAGAGUAUCCGGUUUGGCACUACUUCUCUUUGAUGAAAUACUAAAUAUGAAAGAGAAGCUUAAAACACAUUAUUUCCUCUUUCGAUCCACUGUUCAGAGUCAAUGUGUUCAAUGAACCCCACAAACUCUGCUUUAUGCCUCUGGCUCUGGUGAUUUUUCUGUAUACUUUAUAUGGAAAUGAGGUUUUUUUUAUUACCAAAACAGUUUACAGAAAAUCUUAACUGCCUUUUUAGGAUGUAUUUCAUAGCAUGUUCUCAGGAGAGGGGAAAAAAACCCUGCAGAUGUCUGAGGAAACAUUGAAACUGUUGAUAACUUGG